UGUCUUUUCUGUAUGCUUUUUAUUAGUCGUGUGACUCUCUUGGAAAAAUGCGCAGGAUUCUUUGAGCGGUGAAAUGUUAGCAGUGCACGCCUUUCAACAGGACAUGCCAUGUAUACGUUGCCGAUUUAUUUCCAUACUGUAAGGAAGCUGACACAGCUGGCUUUCAGGUGUCCGAGGUCGACAACUCGGAGUCGGUGCUGGGCGGCGUGGUGCCAAAAACUAACCCAAGAUGAACAUCAUUCCAAUAGGAGAUGCCUGCUAAGCGUACAAAGACAUCUUAACAACAACCGUGAGUGGGUUUGGCUUGGCCUGACGGAUAUGUCUGUCAGGUUUAAAAGCAGCAAGUCCAGUAAAAAAGACAGAAAGAUUAGAGAGGAGGAGGAGGAGGAAGAAGAUGACGAUCCGGAGAAAAGCGAUUAUGAGGAUGAACCUCAAUCUGACCCUAACCUGCCCAAGGACUUCAAAGAUUUGGAAAAGUCAGUCCAGUCCUUUCGCUAUGACUUUGUUAUGAAGGCCGGACUGGACAUUGCCCGCAACAAAGUGGAAGAUGCAUUCUAUGCUAGCAAACUGAGACUUAAUGGACAGAAGCUUAUAAAGAAAAGUAAAACGGUAAAAAUCGGAGACACGCUGGACCUGGUGCUGGCUGAAGAUAAAGACGAGGACACAGCCACUGUCAUGAGGGUGGUAGUCAAAAAAAUACUGGGAGAAACAGCCGAAAGUGAAAAAUACAAAGUUGUACUGAGGCGAUGGAAAAACCUCAAGGUCACAAAAGAGGAAAUUUCCAAGUAAAAAAAAAAAAAAACGAAGCAUGGAAAGUCUGAGCUUACUGUUACCUUGGUGAGGGGUGUCAGAUAUUUAUAUUUUGAUUUCUCUUUGUUUUUAUGGGUAUUUUCAAAUGUUUGGUUACAGCAUGUCUCUUGGUAAAGGAAGGCCUAGCCAUUCUAGUGCUACAAAAUAAAUUACAUGAUUUUUACUUUCUAGGAAAGGAGAGGCAUUCUAGAAAGAUUUGCCCUUUUAAAGUUCAUUAUGAUUAUUUAAUAAUAAUUAUGAAUCAUUUAUGCAUCUAAUAUGAAUGACUUUAUCUUCUUAUUGUUUGGUUACUAUGAAAAUGAAUUUGUCCAGGACUUAAGUGUUCACCCUAAUGGAACGGAAUAGCAUCAUUUAUCUGUGCUGGAGUUGACCAUUAUGAAGUGUGUGUCUUUUGUAAUGAUUUUCCAAAUAAUAAAACCAUAGCUCAAA